AUGGAGAACAAAAGAAAACCGUACAAAAGAAUGCCAUCAUCUCUCUCAACGUACGUAAAAUACCUUCACCAGGAGAGUGGAAUUGGUAUUGCAGAAAUGAAAAGAAGGUAUCCAGCCUAUUCCAAAACGACAUUGUUUAGGCAUAUGAAGGGUAACGUUGCGGUUGAGUUUGAGGACCGUCGUCAUGGAAACAGGGGCAGGCCAAGGAAAGUUUGCGACAGGGAUGAAAGAUCGAUACUGCGCAGCUUGACACAACUUCGCGAGACUGUUGGCACCUUUUCAUCGCAGGAUAUUCAGACGGCUAGUGGCUCUACUCAUUUGAGCAACCGUACUGUUAGGCGGGUGUUAAAGAAACACAAAUAUGGUUUUUAUCAGUGCAGGAAGAAAGGUAUUCUUACCAAAGAGGAUUUAACGAAACGCCUAAAAUUUGCCAAAAAAUGUAAAAAAUUGGCUCCAAAUUUUUGGACAGACAUGAUAUCUUUCUACCUUGAUGGAACUGGCUGGGUGCAUAAAACAAAUCCAUGCAAGGCAGUAAAAACAACAAGGACACGGAUGUGGCGGAAAAGAGGUGAAGGUUUAAGCAGAGAGUGUACGGCGAAAGGAAGAAAGGAGGGUAGUGGCGGUAGGAUGGCUAAGUUCAUGGUAGCGAUUGCGUAUGGAAAAGGUGUAAUUAAGUGUCAUCAAUAUGAAGGUGGCCUCAGUGGUGAAAAGUGUGCACAGUUUUUUAGAGAUCGCUUUCCAGUAAUGUUUGAACGUGGAAAUAACCAGCGCGGGAGCCUGUUCCUUCAAGAUGGAGACCCUUCACAAAACUCUCGUUUGUCGCGUGAUGCUAUGGAUUCCUUCGGAUGCAGACUUUUUAAGAUUCCACCUCGUUCACCCGACCUUAACCCCAUCGAAAACGUCUUUCAUUUGGUUGGUAUCCAGCUUAAGAAAUAG